AUGUCCGAGGAGUUUCUUCGCUUGAAUUUUGUAUUCGGAUUGUGGAAUAUUCCGUGCGUUGAACAUCUUCACUGGGUUCAAAUAACCUCGUGGUUUGACGACAAGUCUGAUAAAGCCCUCUUGGAGCUUAUUCCCUACUUUCAACGUCUGGCUGAAGGGGAUCCAGGUAAUGUGGUUGAGUUUCUACGAAACAACCCUCCACCAGCCCAAUAUGCAGCUUUGGGAACCGUCACGGAGACCAGUACUGCUGGGCCUUCUUCGCUACUCACAAUGCUCAUUCGGCAUCCUUCUGAGUCUUCUGGCUCUUCCGUGAAUGCUAAUCCCUUCUCCUCGCCUUCCCUUCUGUCCUUGGAGGAGCGAACGAGGACCAAUUCGAGAUCUUCAACGACCACACCACCCAACGACUCGAACCCCAUAACCAGUGCUGCACCUGAUGAAUCCGCCCUUAUUACCACUGUCACUCCUGUUCCAUCUCAAUCGGUUGAAAAUGUCAAAACUAAUAACAAGUAA